CGGAUCGGGCCGUGUUUUGGUUAAAAAUGGAAUUCCAGUUAUUGAAGAGGACGCUUUGACAGGGUGGAAAGGUUCGCUCGUUUUAAUGGCGAUGACAUGUGGAACGCGCCAAAGAGGUACCCGAAGGAUCUUCGUAUUGUCCACUGGAAACUAAACACUCUUCGCCUUCCUUCUCAACUAAGAGAGUCUGGUCAUUCUCUUCCCCCCGUGCUUGUUUCUUGCUCCAUACUCUGUUGUCCCUUGGUUCCAUUACACUCGCACAGACACGCUUCCAAUGACCCAAACAAGCAAGCACCACGCCUGUAACUUUCCACUCUGCGGUCGCAUCUUCAAGAAGUCCGCCGAACUCUCUCAGCAUGUAGACUCUCACAGGGACGGGAACAUGUUGUUCCCUUGCCCUGCGAUGCAGUGUGACUACAGCAGCGUUACCAAGAGAGGGCUCCUGAUCCACUGGCAUAAACAACAUGCGGAAGACACGACCUCUCCGUCAGACAGCUCGGACAGCUCGGACGAUUCUUCUCUCGAAAUACUCAACUCUCCUACUAAAGGAAGCAGGUCAUGCAGGCCGUCGCCGUCCCGCCGGAGACAACGCGCAAGCCAAAUAGGUGCAUCCUCCAACGGUAUUCGUGGCAUUCCUUGGAAGGGUCGCGUGUGGCCCUACGAUUUCUUAGACAUAAUGGAAGAUUCUGCUGCCUUGAAUGCUGCUACCGGCGGGUGUCUUUUCCUAGAUACUCCCGACGGUAGAACAGGGGUAGUUGCGCACACUCUUCUUCCGCAGAUCUAUAAGCAAUACGGCUUGACCGUGGAAUGGAUCAUCCCUUCCGAGGAGGAAGAGGAAUGGACCCUAGAGUCCGAGGUACGCCGCUGGGCGGCGAGCUACUCCAUCGAGAUGGACAUGGACGAGGUCACGGCGGUCAAUACAGGCCCCAUAGGCUGUCUUUGCCCAGAUUGGAUGGUCGAGGCAGGCAUCUGGGACCUUGCGUAUCUCCAGUCUGCCGGGUGCGCUUUGGAUUUUGAUUGUGAAAUGUCAGAAGGAAUCUCUGUCGGUGUUUAAUGUUAAUGAUGGUCCGUCGACGUCGCUCUUUUCUACUUUUCAAGCGUACUAUGUUAUCAUCGUAGGUUGGUUCCAACUCGGGCACUUAUUUUCUCUACGCCUUCCGCUUCCACCUAUACCACAUCCACUCUUUUGUAUCCGUAGAUAUUUUGCAUCGGCAUUUUGUUGUAGUUCCCUCAUGUAUCGUCAUUGCC